CCCAGAAUCCCUCGUUCCGCAGCUGCGGAGCCUAUAGGUUGCGGAAUAGCUGGAAACUGACGGCGUGCUGCGGCUGAACAUGGCUUUCUCGGUCAGAUCCGUUGGUUGUCUGUUGGGCCCAGUCAGUAGGUCAGCGGGGCUGCUGGGUGGCAGGUGGCUCCAGGGUCCCCGGGCCUGGCUGGGGCUCCCCGACACCUGGAGACUCCCCGCCAUGCAGCAGACCAGGGGCAGGACGCGCGGGAACGAGUAUCAGCCAAGCAACAUCAAGCGCAAGAAUAAGCAUGGCUGGAUCCGGCGCUUGAGCACGCCAAACGGCGUUCAGGUCAUUCUUCGCCGCAUGCACAAGGGUCGAAAAUCGUUGAGCCAUUGAGGAGCACGACGUGGCGGCUGGAUCUCCCCCAUUAAAGCAUUUCCCUCGCUUAGCCUGACGCUGUUUUUGUGGAGAGCUGGGGAGCGAAUGAACUGAACUGGGGAGCAGGGACUACUGGGACGGACAUGAAUCCUCCUCUAGGUUUCUGGAAGAGGGAAUGGGAAGUCAGACGUUGCCAGAGUGCCUUUUUACGCUCUUGAAUUAGGAAGACUUUGGAGCAAGAGUCCACAGAUGGUACAGUGAACGCUUUUGUAACCCAGUACACAGCUGUAUUCACAACUCGUCCUGCCCUCUCCUGUGAGGCAGAUCUAAAUAUUUCAGAAUGCACCUCUCUAAAAUAAGGUUCCGUUAAUACAUAUUAACAAAACUUUUCACAGCUUAAAAAAAAAAGUCAACAAUUCCUUUAUGUUGUUAAAAGUCUAAUAAAUGUUCAAAUUUUCA